CGGGUUUGAGGAGUAAAUUCAAACAGACAUCGGUUUGAAUUUACUGUUUUAAUACUUAUAUACAUACAGAUUAUGUGAUAGGUUGGAACAUCAUAUCUUGAUGUGUAUCCAGCACUGGCAACAAGCAACCUGAGCUACAACAUUCUAGGACCCACAAGUUUGAUGUCAUCUCAUUUUGAAGGUUUGGUAGCUCCAUGACCAUGGGAUACAGAUGAGUGUUAUUUUAACUUUAUGUUUCGAGUAGCAUGUUUUUAAUGCUCCCUGUAAAAAAUCAGGAAGCAUUUAGUCACCGCUUUAUCCGUUUGUCCCACCACCUUUGGUCACAUUGUCUCGUUAACAUGAGAUAUGAACAUGGCACUAACGGCAGUUCCAGAAUAAAUAAUUGCAUGGGAAAGGGGUGGGGAGCGGGCUGAAAGACACUUUUUAAGAAAAAAACACAUCACUAAUAUUUAUCCCCCCUCCCCCCUUCGAAGAAGAGGGGUAUAUUGCUUUGCAAAUGUCGGUCGGUCCGUCAGUAGACCAAAGCUUGUCCGAGUGAUAACUCAACAAUUCCUGGAUGUAUGGUCAUCCAACUUUAGAUGAAGGUUGGGCCUGACCAGUAGAUGAACCCUAUUGAUUUAAGGGCUCAUUGGGUCAAAGGUCAAGGUCACAGUGACCUUUAAUGGUAAAAGAAUUUUAAAGCUUGUCUGAGUGAUAACUCAACAAUGCCUACACCUAUGGUAAUAAAACUUGAUAUGGAAGUUGGGCCUGACCAGUAGAUGACCCCUUUUGUUUUUGGGGGUCAUUGGGCCAAAGGUCAAGGUCACAGUGACCUUGAAUGGUAAAAGGUUGUCAAAGUGAUAACGCGACAAUGUCUGUACUCAUUGCCCUCAAACCUGAAUUGGAGGUUGGGCCUGACCAGUAGACGGCCCCUAUUGAUUUAAGGGGUCAAAGGUCAAGGUCACAGUAACCUUGAAAGCAAACUCGACAAUUCCUGGGCCUAUGGUUCUCAAACUUGAUAUGAAGGUUGGACCUGACCAGUAAAUGACCAUUAAUUAUUUUGGGGGUCAUCGGGCCAAAGGUCAAAAUAAUCUUUAACACAAAGAAUUUAACAAAUCUUAUCUCAACAUUGCCUGAAUCUAUGAUCAUCAAACUAGACAUGGAAGUUGGGCCUGACCAGUAGAUGACCCUUAUUGAUUUUAGGAGUCAUCGGGUCAAAGGUCAAUGUCACAGUGAUGGUAAAAUGUUGUUUGAGUGAUAAUUCAACAAUGCCUGCACCCAUGGCCCUCAAACUUGACUUAGGGUUGCAUCCAACCUGUAGAUGACCCCUUAUGAGUUUAGGAGUCAUUGGGUCAAAAUUCAAGGUCACAGUGACCUUGAACAAAAAAAGCUUAUCUGUGUGAUAACUUGACAAUGCCUACACCCAUGGCCCCCAAUCUUGACAUUUAGGUUUUUGGUGACCAGCUGAUGACUCCUAUUGAUUUUGAAGUCAUAGAGUCAAAGGCCAUGGUCAUAACACACUCAAUCCUCACACUUUGAAUGGUCAUAAUCUUAAAACUGCCUCAACGGCAUCCAAUGUCAGUGACAAAUCAGCUGUCAUUUCGGUCCAUGCAUAUUUCGUUCAAUUGUCCAUAUAAUCCUAAUUUUUUUGCUAGCCCCACUACCCCAUUUUUUUCUUGUUUUGUAGAGUAAACUUUUCUUGGGUAAAUGUUUUCAACCACCCCCUGCCUUAUUAUAAAUAAGAAAUCAACCCACCACCCAUAACAAAGUUCUUCAAAAGACCACUACCCAUAAUUUCGAAUAUUUGUCUAACCCAAUGGCCCGUAAUUAAAAAGAAUCAAUCACCCCACCACACAUCAAAAAAUAAUUUGGGUGCCAUUUGUCGCCCCCCCUCCUCCCAAAAAAAACAACAAAAAAACAACAACCCACAACACAUUCCUAAUACAACUUAUUCUCCAAUCACCCUAACCACAUGCUGCUAGAGCUACUGGUAAUUUAUAUUAUAAAUAUGUCGCAUUGCUAUUAUAUACUAUGGCAUAUUAAGAUAUUUUUUUUAUAUAGUUUGGGUAGUCUUGAGGACUUCUGGUUUGAGCAGGGCUCAUUUCCAUAGGGUUUUGAGAGAUGAGCCUCUCUAGGAUUUGGUUAUGUAUCCCAAGAGCUGAGUGUAAUAUAUUUGCAAUUCACUUUGACACUUUUACAUGGUGGGUACAAAGAGUUUUUUCACGCCGUUAAACAACUUCUGUGGUGAUGCCCUUUUUCUGUUUUGAAACACUGCCCAAAAAUCUGCAAUGAGCAGUAUCAGUGUUUGUUUUAUUGUAAAAAACACUGUCCAAUACCUUCAGGGUUCGCACAGACUUGAAAAGUGCUUGAAUUUUGGGCUGCUAGAUGAAAAGUCCUUAAAUUAGAAAAAACUCCUUGAAACUACUUGAUUUUUAUUGUUGCCUUGAAAACUGCUUAAAAAGUAAGAAAUGGUCCUUAAAUUUCCUUUCAAGUUUAAAAAUCAGUUUGUCUGCGUAUUUUAUGUUCGUAGUAAGAAAGACAGAAAGUAGAAACUUUACAUAAAUAGUUCGAUUUAGUUUGGGUCUCGCUUAAAGAAAGAGAAUUUACGACAGUGUAUCGGUACGGAUAGUGUAAGGGGUUUUGCCUGCAUUGCUAUUUUCACAAUAUAAAAUAUUAUACAAAACCGUUUCCGUUUUGGUUUCCAAGAUGGCGUGCGUCUUCAAUAAGAAAUGGUUUAUUUCAUACCCUUGGUUGGUAAAGCAGGACAACAAGCACAAGGCAAUGUGCAAACUUUGCUCCAAAGUCAUUGAUAUAAGUUCUAUGGGCGAUCAAAAGCCACGCGAAAUCAGACAAACAUAAACGGAAUAUGUUGCCGUCAACUUGUACUCUGGACAUGUUUACCACUAAGAAAAGUGAUAGUUCUACUGGUUCUACAAACAUUUUUCCCUCUAUACCACCACCACCAACACAGCAAUUGACCAAUAACAAUAAUAAUAAUUUGAAAAGCUAUUUGAACAAAAACACCAUAUUGAAAAGCGAGAUUUUGUGGACAUUGCAAACAGUUGUGACUCAUUGCAGCUACAAAUCUAAUGAAAAUAUAAGUGAGAAAAAAAGAACACUGAAAUUCAGGCAAGAGGAAAAAUAUAUUGGAGGAAAUUUAAAAAAUAAAGAAGAAAAAAGUGACAAUUGCAUAUGACAUAGAUCAUUUGGGAAAAAAAUGCUGAUUGUCUGUUUGAAAAAGCCGAAAAUAAAGGCAACUUAAAGUUGUUAACGGAAGCAAAUUGUAAUAGGAGAAGAGCGAAAGAAAAAAAAGACAAUUAGAGAUAGCCUUUCUUUAGAAUUGAAUGAAAAGUUGAAGCAAUUAUAGACAAUUUGGGUGAAAUUGUAUGUUCUAAAACAUUGAAAUAAAAGUGGAAAUUUUAUAUUUUGUUCCAAAACUUUUAAACAUUUGUCGUUUAUGUAACUGAUAACGAGUAAAGAUAGUCCUUGAAAAUCAAUUAUUAGUCCUUGAAAACUCCUUGACUUUUAAGCCUGACUUGCUGUAUGAACCCUGACCUUGCUAGGUCCUCGUAAGAUCAGGUUUCUCAGCUCAGAAGUGCAAAACAUGGUUUGAUUUUGUCUGUCUGGAAUUAGGUUCGGCUGAAGUGUGCCAAUGCAAGUUCUGUCUGUGCUUGUUAGUGUUAAUUAAUGUUAUUGAAUGCAUUUAUAAGCAUAUAAAUGUGAUAAUAGUCGUAACAUUUCUAAAGAAAUAACACUCUUUAUUUCCACGUUAUUACCCCUUUUAAAUUAUAAUUUGUUAAGAUUUAUGACUACAAAUUUUUAUGACGCGCUGGUAGUAUUUUCACAUACAUGUAUUUAAAAGUCAAAUAUUGCACAGUGGUUUUAAUGGCAAUAACUAUGGAGUUUAGUUGAGGGAUGCCAGCACUGUUCACAGGCUUGGUUUAUCCCUGUCCUCUACAAGGAAUAGAGGUUUCAUGCAUAUCAACAGGUCAACGCCCAAAUCCUGCCAACGGGAACUCUUCUAAUCCUGGCCACUUCCCGUGCAACAUCUCCAACGAAGGCGUGUGAGUUGUUUCUUGAUCCAGGAUUAGGGUACAAGUAGGGAGAGUCAGUCUUGAUAAGUAACUUGCUUUACUUUAUUACUUUUCAUCAUACAUGUUUGCAAUUGACUUUAUUAUUGUGAUGGAGCAAAAGAGUUGAAGAGCUUGUGCAGGGUAUUUGACAGCGUAUACAUCGGAGUAUAUCUGGAAUGUCAUGUCCCUUUGGUUUAUUUCUGUGGUUUGUUUAGCGGAUGUUUUUUAAUUGAAGUAAUUUUAAUAUUGUUGGUUUUCUUAAUAGUAGUUGUCCCAUCAUUGUGGUCCUUGUAAAACAACUAUGGAAAGUCUACAUAUUCGCUUUUUGGAGUUUUGUUCAUUGCUGUGGAUUUGAUGGGGGAAGGCAGUAGUGAUUUGAAUCCACUAGCCUGACACCAAUUUCUGUCAAACUUAAACACCAUAUAACUUUUAAUUUUGCAUAAAAUAUUUUUGUUUAUAGACACCAUUCUGUGCAUGUUUGAAAGAAUACAAAAGUAAUAUGUUUUUGAACAAGUUAUUCUCGGCAUAGAAAAUGAAGUCCAUCAAUGGCAGACGCAAAAUUCUCCAUAUCAUCGUUAUUGGAGCCCCCUUCAUCUUACCCUUUCAUUUUGCCCAGUUCACAAGUAUGUUUAUAAUCUAGGAAUAACUUGUAAUGUUUGCUUAUAAAAUGAGCAGUUCUCAUAAUCAGUUCUCAUAUACAGCUGGCCAAUUGUUCAGUAUUGUCAAACAUAAAGUUGCCUGCUCAUUAACUUGAACAUGUCUAUUAUUAUUGCAUAAGUGUUGCUUACUCUUUCUUACAAGUAAAGGGGGCGGCAGUGUCCGCCACCGGCGUACCAAUCCUUGGAGCUGCUGCAGUACCCAUGGGGGGCAACUGUAGACAUGCUGGCAGCAGUGGUUGCCACGGGAGCGUUCAGACCUUGUCCUUAAACAAUUAUCUGUGCUACUUCUCGUCCCUGGGCGUUCUUCUACACCUGCACAGAAAGGAACAUUUUUACCUAAUGAAUUAAAUCACUUUGUAAUCAUUGAAAUUAUAUUAAUACAUAAAAAUCACAUUGCAAAUGUUUAAACAACUAAAUUGUUUUCAAAGUGGUAGUGUUUAAUCAUCUCUGAUAACCCAGCCACUAUAAUUUUUCCGUAACCUGUAUACCUGACAAGGUUGUUCAUCACAGAGCCUGUGAUGUGUGUUUCCUCAAAUAUAACUAACUAACUACAAACUAUAUAAUUAUACAUGUGUAUAUUCACUGAAAAUAAAAAAACAACAACAACAACAUUUUAAUGGAUUUCAAUUUUGCAAAAUUGCAGUAUUGCCAAGAGCCUCAUUUUCUGUGAUACCUAAUAUAAGCAUGCUAAAAAAUAAGCUGAAAUAUACCUUGUUUAGUUUCUGACUCAAUAAUGGUUGGCAUAUCACUGGAACUGUCUGCAGAAGUUCUUGCCAGCACAAGCCGUUUUUUUAGACGUGUUCUUCUGUACUUUUUCCUAGGCUUGAGAAGCCCAUGCUUGGAUGUUAUGUUAUUUUUUCUACCAAGUCAAGGUGGUCUUCUCAAGAGUCCGGAUUCCUUUUGGACCAAAGCCCUUACUUUGGAAUGAAGGAACAUCAAGUCUGUGUGUAUGGACUCAGAAUCAGAUGUCAUUUGAACUAAGUAGAGCAUACUUUCCAAAGAAGAUGCAAGCAUUUUACACCUUGAGCCGACAUCUACUGUCACUUUAUGCUUCGGACAUGUUGUGGCUUUAGGGGUAGCUGGAGAAACAAAUCAACAUGCGUCAAUCAAACCAUCCUGCAUAUUUUCUGUUUUCUGUACUUUCUCCUAGCCUUAAGAAACCCAUGCUUGCAUGUGUUAUUUUUUCAACCAAGUCGAUGUGGUAUUCUCAAAAGUCCAGAUUUCUUUUGGACCAAAACCCUUAUUUGGAAUGAAGAAACAUCAAGUCUGUGUAUAAUGGACUCAUAAUCAGAAGCCGUUUGAACUAAGUAGAGCAUACUUUUCAAAGAAGAUGCAAGCAUUUUACACCUUGAGCCGACAUCUACUGUCACUUUAUGCUUCUGACGAUUAGCAGUAGCUGGAGAAUCAAAUCAACAUGAGUCAAUCAAACCAUCCUGCAAUUUUUUUCUUGUUAACAGGGGAGAACAAAUCCCUAUCAAUAUUCAAGUUUGGUGAGUUCUUGAACUCUUCACGUUCCCAUCCACUACCAGGCACCUUGAGCACAAUGCAAAGCAUGUGUUUGCAGGGCAGAUGUUGUUUUUUUUUUCAGUCAGAACAGGAACAUCAAGGCAAAGAACAGCUAAUGUCAAGCAAGUAUGUAGCAUUGCUGUCUGCACUUAAAACAUUGAACUUCUGUUGUGGAAGUACAGAUAUGUAUGAGACUGGAAUUGAGAUGGUUGACAGAAGGCUCUUUGUUCAAAAGUCAAGGAAAAGUGGACGAUUAUGUAACAAUCAGGCAAAUCUUUGUACAAUGUAGUACCUAGAUGACUUGAGUCCAGACAUAUCACAUUGUUCUGAAAGUUGUGCUAAACAUCCGGUUGCCUAAAUCGUCUACAUGUAUGUACUCGAGUACUUUUAAGUGAGUGUCAAUGAUAGACAUCUGAAGGCGGGCCUUUGUUGCUCCAAUUGCUGAGUCGUCUUUCUCGUGGGUGUGAGUAGUUGCACAGAAAGGAACAUUUUUACCUAAUGAAUUAAAUCACUUUGUAAUCAUUGAAAUUAUAUUAAUACAUAAAAAUCACAUUGCAAAUGUUUAAACAACUAAAUUGUUUUCAAAGUGGUAGUGGUAGUUGGCUUUAGGCGCAGGUUGACAAGGUUGUUCAUCACAGAGCCUGUGAUGUGUGUUUCCUCAAAUAUAUAUAACUAACUACAAACUAUAUAAUUAUACAUGUGUAUAUUCACUGAAAAUAAAAAAACAACAACAACAACAUUUUAAUGGAUUUCAAUUUUGCAAAAUUGCAGUAUUGCCAAGAGCCUCAUUUUCUGUGAUACCUAAUAUAAGCAUGCUAAAAAAUAAGCUGAAAUAUACCUUGUUUAGUUUCUGACUCAAUAAUGGUUGGCAUAUCACUGGAACUGUCUGCAGAAGUUCUUGCCAGCACAAGCCGUUUUUUUAGACGUGUUCUUCUGUACUUUUUCCUAGGCUUGAGAAGCCCAUGCUUGGAUGUUAUGUUAUUUUUUCUACCAAGUCAAGGUGGUCUUCUCAAGAGUCCGGAUUCCUUUUGGACCAAAGCCCUUACUUUGGAAUGAAGGAACAUCAAGUCUGUGUGUAUGGACUCAGAAUCAGAUGUCAUUUGAACUAAGUAGAGCAUACUUUCCAAAGAAGAUGCAAGCAUUUUACACCUUGAGCCGACAUCUACUGUCACUUUAUGCUUCGGACAUGUUGUGGCUUUAGGGGUAGCUGGAGAAACAAAUCAACAUGCGUCAAUCAAACCAUCCUGCAUAUUUUCUGUUUUCUGUACUUUCUCCUAGCCUUAAGAAACCCAUGCUUGCAUGUGUUAUUUUUUCAACCAAGUCGAUGUGGUAUUCUCAAAAGUCCAGAUUUCUUUUGGACCAAAACCCUUAUUUGGAAUGAAGAAACAUCAAGUCUGUGUAUAUGGACUCAUAAUCAGAAGCCGUUUGAACUAAGUAGAGCAUACUUUUCAAAGAAGAUGCAAGCAUUUUACACCUUGAGCCGACAUCUACUGUCACUUUAUGCUUCUGACGAUUAGCAGUAGCUGGAGAAUCAAAUCAACAUGAGUCAAUCAAACCAUCCUGCAAUUUCUUUCUUGUUAACAGGGGAGAACAAAUCCCUAUCAAUAUUCAAGUUUGGUGAGUUCUUGAACUCUUCACGUUCCCAUCCACUACCAGGCACCUUGAGCACAAUGCAAAGCAUGUGUUUGCAGGGCAGAUGUUGUUUUUUUCCAGUCAGAACAGGAACAUCAAGGCAAAGAACAGCUAAGGUCAAGCAAGUAUACAUGUAGCAUUGCUGUCUGCACGUAAAACAUUGAACUUCUGUUGUGGAAGUACAGAUAUGUAUGAGACUGGAAUUGAGAUGGUUGACAGAAGGCUCUUAGUUCAAAAGUCAAGGAAAAGUGGACGAUUAUGUAACAAUCAGGCAAAUCUUUAUACAAUGUAGUACCUAGAUGACUUGAGUCCAGACAUAUCACAUUGUUCUGAAAGUUGUGCUAAACAUCCGGUUGCCUAAAUCGUCUACAUGUAUGUACUCGAGUACUAUUAAGUGAGUGUCAAUGAUAGACAUCUGAAGGCGGGCCUUUGUUGCUCCAAUUGCUGAGUCGUCUUUCUCGUGGGUGUGAGUAGUUGUAGAAAUCACUUCCGUCACCUGUGUAAUGUAAAAAUGGAACACUUAACAAAAAUCAAUUAUUGAGACAGUAAAACCUUUCCUCCACAGAAGUCUCUUUCAGUGACUCUGCUUUGUCGUCUGCUCAGAUUUUAUAUAUUUAUUUCACUUUAUUUAGUAGAAUAAGAACAAUCUAAGCACCAAACAGCUCGGAAAUUGAUCAGAUGCCUAGUUAAAGGUGGGUUCCCACUGCCGAUCAGAUCAACUCGAUCAUCCCGAUCACCCAAAUUCCCCGAUCAGGCCCGACCAUGCUCGACUAAAGGCGAAUACACGACUUCUUCUCGACCUCUUGUCGAUCACACACGAUUUCCACACGAUUAUUCACGACUCCUUCACGACGUCAACCCGACCACCUUUCCGAUUUCCGCUCGAUCAUCCCGACCUUUACACGAUCCCUACACGAUCUCAACUCGACCUACUGGAUCUCUGCUCGAUCGGUGUCAGAUCUUUCCCCGACCCGAUCGUCAUAGUCGUACUCGAGUCGUAGAAGGUCGUGAACAGUCGUGUACCAAAACUUUUAGAAUAAAAACUUCAAACAGUGUUGAUCAUUAUCACUUCAUCCUGAAACUUCAUGGUAUAUGUUGUGUCCAGCAUAGUAUACAUAUUUAUGGAGAUUGAGCAGUUGCAGAUGUGGGCCAGAUGGUUAGAGCUCCAGAGAGACAGGGCCAUUGCAGUGCUAGAGUUGGAACAAGAGGAAGAGGCUGAGGGUCGUAGGCAUAGACGUAGGCGACAAAUGCGCAGGAAAAUAUGGAUGAAGCAGUGGCUUGCACGACGACCCCUGUAUGGGCAUUAUGAGCAACUGCUACAGGAGCUAAACAGGGAAGACCCAAAAGGAUACAAAAAUUUCCUAAGGGUAGACGCUGAUAUGUUUGGGGAGCUUGUUGAUCGCAUAUCACCCAGAAUUCAGAAAAAGAACACCAACUUCAGGGAAGCCCUGGAGCCUGGAUUGAAGUUGGCGGUCACUCUUCGUCAUCUCGCAACUGGAGCCUCGUAUUCAGACUUGAUGUACUCAUUCCGAGUGGGAAGUAACACAAUAAGUAAAUUCGUCCCUGAAGUUUUGGAUGCUAUAAUACAGGAGUACUCUGAAGAGGUUUUGCCAGACGUCGUCACUGCUGAACAAUGGCAGCAGAUUGCAGAUGACUUCCGAACCAAGUGGAAUUUUCCUCAUGUCUGCGGGGCUCUUGAUGGUAAGCACGUGAGGAUAAAGAACCCGAAGAACUCUGGAUCUCUGUUCUAUAACUAUAAAGGCUUCUUUUCCAUAAUACUACUCGCACUCGUAGACGCAAACUACAAAUUCAUCUGGGUAAGCGUUGGUGCUAAUGGCAGUGCAUCCGAUGCCCAGCUAUUCAAUAACACUGAACUCAGAACCAUGCUAGAAGAAAACAACCUUGGUUUGCCUGACCCUGAUCCACUGCCUGGCGAUGACAUGAACACCCCAUACUUCCUCAUUGGAGAUGACGCCUUCCCGUUGAGAACUUGGAUGAUGAAGCCAUACUCCAGACGCAACUUGACCAACGAGGAGCGCAUAUUCAAUUACAGGUUGUCCAGGGCUAGACGAGUGGUAGAAAACGCCUUCGGUCUUCUCGCUAUGCGGUUUCAGUGCCUACUUGGCUGCUUGAACCAGAUGCCCGAAACCGUUGACUUGAUUAUUCUUGCAUGUGUCACACUGCAUAACCUUAUCAGCAUACGGUACCCUGCCAUUGCAAGACUGGCCGUCGACCAAGAGGACGAGCAUAACCAAUUAGUACCUGGUGAAUGGCGCCAAGGAAGACAGUUGGCUGAUGGUGAUCGGACCCAUGGAAGAAAUGUGGUGACAUCCGCUGGGGUCAGUCAGAGGAACUACAUUAAACACUACUUCAACUCCCGAGCUGGUUCAGUUGAGUGGCAACAGAAUAUGAUUUAGUGUGUUAGUUACUUUGGAAAGAUAUUUUGAUGAAGUGUAUAACCUAUAUGAUGCGAGUAUGCACAAGUUAUGUAGUUAUUAAAGUGAUUUCCGAUAUGUUUAAGUAUAUUAUAGUAAGUCAUCUUCUAUUUGGAUAUGAUAGUUUCCAUGAUAUGUUUGUUAAUGGAGGAAAUAAGCUUCAAGUAUACAUGUAUAUACAAUAGAGUUGAUUGUUUGUUUCUUGAUUUUAUGCCCUUUUUCGAAGUAUUUCAAUCAUAUCACGGUGGUGAGUUAACUUAGAACAUGACCUAAGUCGGCAACAAGAAAUAGCCACAUACCAGUAAUUUACAACUUUCAUUUAUAGUUCACCCUAGUUUCUGAGCCAAUCACCGUCCAGAGAUUUUUCAAAUUUCUGCUCGAAUAUGUUCCAUAUAAGAACACUUCUGCACAAAUAAGUUCGUAUUAUAACUAGGUCAGCAGACAUGGCGCGCGCCAAAUAGCAAGCCCAGCCUACUGUCUGGAACGACAGAAGUGUCGAUUCAAAAUGACGUCACUUCUGCUUUAUCAAGCGGUAGUUACGUCAUUUUGAAUCGAUAACGACUUAUCCAAGUUACCGUUCAACCAAUUGGCGCGCUGUAUACGGAUGGCGUGAUUUUCCCCCGAUCACAUGACUUUAAUUGAAGGCACAGGAAUGAUAGUGGGCGGGGUUAACUAUAAGUCGGUCAUAGUUCAUAUAAUGGAAAAAUAAACAAA